UUGGAAAUUCAUUCAUGCAUGCAUGUCCACCACGUACGUACGUGCAUACCAACAACAUGGUGGUUUCUCCUCUCUUCUUAGCCAUACUCCUUCUCGUGUCAUCAGCUUUGUACCCAUUCUCAUGUGCAGCAGCUCCAGCUGAUAGCAGCACAGACACGAGCAGAGAGGCUCUGCUCUGCAUCAAGCACCGCCUCCACGGCACCACCCGAGCCAUGAUCACAUGGAACCACACCACCUCGCCUGAUUUCUGCACCUGGCAUGGCGUCUCAUGCGCCAGGAGGCCAAGGCAGACACCCCUCGUGGUGGCCUUGGACAUGGAGGCCGAAGGGCUCGCCGGUGAGAUCCCUCCCUGCAUCUCCAGCCUCACUUCUCUGGUAAGGAUCCACCUGCCCAACAACCGGCUCUCCGGUCAUAUCCCGCCCGAGCUCGGCCGGCUCUCCAGACUCCGGUACCUCAACCUCAGCUUCAACGCGCUCAACGGCACCAUCCCGUUCACCCUCGGCGCGCUUCGCAACCUUUCUUCGCUAGACCUGGGCGGCAACGGGCUUUCCGGUGAGAUUCCGGCACUGCUCGGGGGCUCGCCGGCUCUAGAGUACAUCAGUCUCUCCGACAAUCUUCUUGACGGAGAAAUCCCACAGUUGCUGGCGAAUAGUUCCUCGCUUCGCUACCUUUCUCUGGACAACAACAGCAUUGUAGGGGCGAUCCCCGCGUCCCUUUUCAACAGCUCAACCAUCACGGAGAUACACCUUUGGCACAACAAUCUUUCCGGUGCAAUUCCACCUUUCAUCAUGUUCCCUUCAAAACUCACCUACCUAGAUCUCUCCCAAAACAGUCUUUCCGGAGUCGUGCCACCGUCGGUAGCAAACCUCUCGUCUCUUGCCUCGCUCGACCUCUCGCACAACCAGUUGCAAGGAUCCGUUCCAGAUUUCGGUAAACUUGCCGGCCUACAAAGCCUUGGUCUCUCGUAUAACAGUCUGUCAGAAAAUGUGCCACCAUCCAUCUACAAUCUGUCUUCGUUGAAUUAUCUAACGCUAGCCAGCAACAAUCUUGGAGGAACGCUGCCUUCUGAUAUGGGUAACAAACUUCCUAACCUCCAAACACUGAGCAUGGCCAAUAAUCAUUUUGAGGGUGACAUCCCUGCCUCAUUACAAAAUGUCUCUGGCAUGAUGUAUAUCCAUAUGGGCAACAACUCUUUGACCGGUGUGGUUCCUUCUUUCGGCUCCAUGAAAAAUUUGGAGUACGUAAUGUUGUACUCAAAUUAUCUAGAGGCUGGAGACUGGGAAUUCUUCUCCUCUUUGGCGAAUUGUACCCAACUGCUGAAACUUAAUGUAGGUCAAAACAACUUGAAAGGGAAUUUCCCAGAAAAUUCCAUAGCAAAUCUCCCCAAAAGCUUGACCGCUUUAACCCUUCGGUCAAACAACAUCUCUGGCACCAUCCCCUUGGAGAUUGGAAACCUUUCAAGUCUUUCCAUGCUCUAUCUUGAUACUAAUCUUUUCAUGGGGCCUAUACCAUUCACCCUUGGUCAGCUACGAGAUUUGGUCAUGCUUAGCCUGUCAAAGAACAAAUUUUCAGGAGAGAUACCUCCUUCCAUUGGGGAUCUACAUCAACUGGAAGAACUUUAUUUGCAAGAAAAUCUAUUGAGUGGAAGCAUACCUGAAAGUCUAGCCAGCUGCCGCAACUUGGUUGCAUUAAACCUUUCAUAUAAUACUGUUGGUGGAAGCAUAAGCGGACACGUCUUUGGCAGCUUGAACCAACUGAGCUGGCUACUUGAUUUAUCACACAAUCAACUCGCGAUGUCCAUCCCACUAGAGAUGGGUAGCUUGAUAAACCUUGGUUCCUUGAACAUCUCCCACAACAAUCUUACUGGCAGAAUCCCGUCCACACUUGGCGAGUGUGUUCGGUUGGAAUCGCUUCGUUUAGAAGGGAACCUCCUGCAAGGAAGCAUUCCACAAUCACUAGCAAGCCUCAAAGGCAUCCAAGUGUUGGAUUUCUCCCACAACAAUCUAUCUGGUACAAUACCGGACUUCCUCGAGACCUUCACCUCGUUGCAGUAUUUGAAUGUGUCCUUCAAUGACUUGGAAGGACCAAUUCCCACUAGUGGAGUGUUUUCUAACACAAGUGGUAUUUUUGUCCAAGGAAAUCCACACCUUUGUGCAAAUGUUGCGGUACGAGAGCUUCCUAGAUGCAUUGCUUCGGCAUCUAUGAAAAAACACAAGUUUGUCAUUCCAGUGUUGAUAGCUCUAUCAGCUCUUGCUGCACUAGCUUUGAUCUUGGGGGUGUUCAUUUUCUGGUCUAAGAGGGGGUACAAAUCCAAUGAGAACACUGUCCAUUCAUACAUGGAGCUGAAAAGGAUAACAUACAGAGAUGUCAAUAAAGCAACCAAUAGUUUUUCUGUAGACAAUGUAGUUGGCUCUGGACAAUUCGGCAUAGUCUACAAAGGAUGGUUUGGCGCACAAGAUGGCGUGGUUGCAGUGAAAGUCUUCAAGCUCAAUCAACAUGGUUCAUUAAAGAGCUUCAGUGCUGAAUGCAAAGCAUUACAACACAUCCGCCACCGGAAUCUUGUGAAGGUGAUAACUGCAUGCUCAACUAAUGACUCGGCGGGAAAUGACUUCAAAGCUCUAGUCUUUGAGUAUAUGGCCAACGGCAACCUUGAAAACCGACUUCAUAACCAGUGUGGUGAUCUGAGUUUUGGGGCAGUAAUAUGCAUAUCAGUUGACAUUGCUUCUGCUGUUGAAUACCUCCAUAACCAGUGCAUCCCGCCGGUUGUUCACUGCGAUCUGAAGCCAAGCAAUAUAUUGUUUGAUGACGACGAUACCGCGCGCGUCUGCGACUUUGGUCUAGCAAGGCUAAUGCAUGGAUGUUUGUCUGGAGGGCAGAGCGGCACAACAAGCAAAGUUGGACCAAGGGGGUCUAUUGGGUACAUACCACCUGAGUAUGGCAUGGGCAAUGAAAUCUCAACCAAAGGCGAUGUCUAUAGUUAUGGUAUCGUCCUUUUGGAAAUGCUAACAUGGAAACGACCUACCCAUGAGGAUUUCACUGAUGGUUUCACGCUCCACAAGUACGUAGAUGCAUCAAUUUCACAAACCGAAGAUAUUCUUCACCCCAGCCUUAUAUCAAAAAUGAGAGAUCGGCAUGUCGGUCAUAUCCCAAACUUCCAAGAAUACAACGUAUUUACACUGAAGGAUAGUUGCGCUCACCGGCUCCUUAAACUCGGCUUGCUAUGCUCCGCGGAAUCGCCAAAAGAUCGCCCAACAAUGCAUGAUGUUUACCGUGAAGUAGCUGAAGUAAAAGAAGCAUUUUUCUCUGUGAAUAAAUGAAGCAAACACUUUACGAUACAAACAAACACGGUGGAUACACAUGAAACUGGUGGCUCUAAACACGGGAUUACAAUAUUAUGUUUUUUAUUUUCCGUAAGACAAUUUGUUCGGCUCGCUGUAAUAAUUUUUUUGCAUAUGUUGUCAAUGUCUCGACAAGAAUUUUGUACAUCGCACUGGUGUAUCUUGUCAGACUUUAAUAAAGAGCCCUUUGUCUUAUAAUGGUGGGUUUCUACAGAGGACAUUCGAUAUUUCUUCACUGGAAAAACCCUUCCAUUCCAAAAUAAGUGUCAUGAUGGUUGUAGUACAUCGACACAUAUCUUGAA